AUGACUGCGGAAUGUGAACGACAGCCUUUGGGCAGGGUAUCAGAAUCGAGGAUGAAUCAACGAAAUGGUCUAACGAUGGCCGAAUUAACGGGGAAAUCCAGCGCUAGGAAGCUGCCAUCGAUCACUUCGAUUAUCCAUGAGGAGCCAGAGAGCGGAAGUGAAGCUCAAGGAUCCGAAAAACACACAGAACGCCAUACAGACAGGCAAGAUAUCGAUUUUGAUGAGGUUUCCCGCAAACUCAAGAUCCGAAUGCAAAUGGCUUAUUACAAGUACCGCACGAAACAGACGCGUCUCAGCUUUCGCCAGGUCGACCAAUCGACGCCCAGUGGUGGCGUGCUUAAAAUGGGUGUUCCGAAGGACAAAAAAAAGGGCAUUUUCUCGGCACACAAUAAGGCUUCCAGUGGGGUGGGGAAACCCGCACGCAGACUGGUGAUGUCACAGGGCUCAUUGCGCACCCCAGUCAAGCCUUCGGCCGUCUCAGGCGGUCGAACACCGUUGCGACCACUCGACGCCAACCAGACCACGCCAAUGUCCGUGAAAGCCGCAAAAUCACUCAUAAACCUGUUCACCAGCAAGCAAUGA